CAUGACGUCAACGUCUGUGCAGCGCGCGAUUGUCCAAAUAUCAACAGUAGCACUCGGUUGGAAUUUUGCUGUAUUUGAUUUGCCUGUGGUUUACAUUGUAGUUUUACCUGUAACAGGUGUUUCACUUCAUUUACGAUGGGCUCAAAAGUCAUAUCGACUGCCACGGAGUUUUAUCAUGUUCUUCGAUCCCUCCAGGAUGCGGAGUGCAACGAUCCGUGUAUAUUUGAGGAGGAGAUUCAAAUACUGAAGACGAAUGGAGACAGAAUUGCUGUGAAUAUGUACUCUGGCAACCAGCCAGUGUUCAUCUUUGAGAAUUAUGUACCAAAAUUAAACCACGAUGACCAAAUGACUGAAACAUCAGACUGUAUUGAUGGUAAUGCUGAGGAUACAGGCAAUGAUGCCAGUUUAUUCCCAACAGAUCUGCGACCGCAGCCACUCACAGUAAUGAAAGCAAGGCAGCUGCUGUCUCUGUACACGUUAUCUCAGAAUACCAGUGUGUCAGUUGUGGACAGCACCGCUGCACCACUACAUCCUAUGUGGGUGCGAUGUGACAUGUCUGAUCCUGCUGGGACAGCUUGGUUAGGGGCUGAAAUUGUGUCUAUGGGCACUAAAGCAUCUGGUGUUCGAUUAUACUCUGUUACCUGCAAAGGCUCAACUGUAGACAAAACAUCCCUCGUAUCCUUAGAUGCUCUGAAACAAGAGCACAAGAAAAGGCAUCACCCAUUCUCUAUGACAAUUAAAGGCAGUGCCAGGUUCAGCUUGUUUGGCUCCACCAAUGUUGAAAACACCAUAAUUGAGUCGAAGAGCAGGGUGACAGUGGAUUUAAAAUGGACUCAUGUGGAGAGUAUUCUUGAAAUACCACCCUUGUCUUCUACAGCCACACUAAAUAUUAAAAUUGCCAGCGGAGACAUGAGGAGCCCAGUGUUUGAGAUGUACAUGGAGCUGGAGUUUCUUCAGACUCUUGCAGAUGGUUUAAGAACUGGUGAGACUGAAUGGAUGGAACCGUUGGAAACAACAUCGGCUGUAAAUCUGACCAAGGCCUACCUAGAAGAACUUCAGAGCACAGCAAGGACUCUGCAGGAGCAGGCUGAAAAAUCAGGGGAGGUCACGAAGCCAAAGUCUGAGACAGACACUACAGUUUUCAAUUCCCUCUUGGUACGAGGGGAUUUGGAUUUUGUGGAGCAGCUGUGGGUUCGCAUGAGAAAAAGUGUAACUUCAUUUCAAGACAUUGAGGACUGUUUAAAAUUGGUUAUAGAAGCUCUGCGAUAUGGAGACAUCAAACCCUGGAUUCAUGGAGACAGCAGCAGCUCCCUCAGUAAACUUAUCCUGCAGUCUUACCACCAGCAGAUUGGUCGUGUGUCUCUCUCAGGUGUUACCCCUAUUCACAUGCUGCUAGAGAUGGGCCUGGACAAAAUCAGAAAGGAUUACAUUAACUACCUCAUUGGUGAACAGUUGACGACUCUAAAACAUCUGAGUUAUUACCUGAGUACAGAGGUUGAUCUGCAGGAGCAAGUAAUCCGGAUCAGAAAAUUACACCAUCUGCUGGAAAUAAUAGUGACCUGCGGCACAUUCCUGGAGUUGCCCUACGACAGGCUGUUCCUCCUUACACAAUCAUGUUUGCAGCACUAUAAAACCCACCCCUAUGAUGAGGACCAUGAAUUUAAACUCCAAAUCAAACCAGCCCUGAUCAGCCAUUUCUACCAGAAAGAAAAUCCAGUCGUGUGGGGCGUCGAGGUAUCCAGUGGCCACGGUUCCCGUGAAGUUAGGACAUCUUUGCAGCUCAGUGACAGACCACUGGUUGAUCAUGUCAUCUUUGAGACAGCUUUGCCAAAUGAAACCAUGAAUGGGGAGAGUGAGGAUCCAGAGUUCUUCUCCACCAUGGUGUGCUGUAGUCUUAUCAACUUCCCAUGAAAAUACACAUACAAAUAUUAAAUAGUGUUAAAUUAUCUAGCCUUCUUAGCACUGCUGCAAUUUUUUUUGGUUUUAUUUGAAGGUUUCUGUCACUUAUUUACUGUCCUCUUAUUUCAUACUUUCAUCUUAUAAGCAUUUUGAAAACUAUUUCUGUACUUGGACUUCGAACCAAACAAAAAAAUAAGCAGUCUCUCUGCAAGUGAAGUAUUCCACAGCAGGAUUUAAUUAGAAUUGUCAACUUUUUGCAGGGUGUCCACACAGUUUGAGUCAGAUAUAGGCCACUCUCUAAAGUUUUCAAUGCAGUAAUAAAGGAUAAAUCAGUGUUUUACAGCAAACAAUGUGUACACAUCAAACUAAUGAAGUCAGCAGCUUUGCUGACUACAGUUUGAGUAAUGCUUUUAUGUUCACAAAUAAUCUAUUAAAGUUCCAACAAUGUGUCCGUA